AUGUCUGUAAUACGGCCUCGACAAACCUGCACGGAAUGCUCACUCCGCAGACAGAAGUGUGAUCGGAACAUCCCCUGCGCACGUUGCAUUAAACGUGGAGUCGCCGACAAGUGCACUCGGUACUGGCCCGGUGGAUACAACAAAGAGAUUCAUCGCGUCUACCCCAGGAAACAAAAGCAGUCUCCAUCGGCUGACGUGUUCAUAGAAUAUUCAAGCCAGCCAAUCGCUCCGGCCCCGACUCUUUUCGACAGUCCAGAGGCACGCACGAACAAUUUGGGACCGGAUGCUACUUGGGCCGGAUCCCAGGGUCAUACUCUAGGUGCUAAUGAGGUACGACCACGCUAUUCGUUCAGUCUUCAUGAUCCUCCAUGGGUACGGAGAUCUCUUGUUGGGUCGAAUGCGAGCCGUUUAUCAUGGGUUGCACCUACGGGGCUCGGGUUCAAUUCUACCGUUGCGGCAAAUGAAGCAUUCCUGCAAAUGCUCUUGCCAAGUCCUCAGCAGAUAUGGUAUCUGGUAGACUAUCACGAGCUGUGUCUUCUAUGGUACCAUGGCUGCUAUCAUGGACCUACAUUUAGAUGGGAGUUAUCAAGCGUCUUGACCGACCAAGAACAACAAUCCACACUGACCAUUCAUGGCCUCCACCUGCAGUGGCUUGCUCUUCUCUUCUCUAUCAUGGCAGGGAGCUUGACUUGUGCGACAGAUCGCCGACUCGAGUCAUGGGGAUUUUCCAAACAAGAAGCUACGAGAUUAUCUCUGCAAUGGUACAAAGCAACCAUAUCUUGCCUGAAUCAAGCCGAAUUCACCUCAAAUCACAAUAUCUACUCGAUUCAUGCCAUUGCCACUCUGACCAUGUCCGCACACUCUCUGGGCCAUUCUAGUGAACUCUCUGUUCUUCUGGGGGCCGCUUUAAGUAUUGCUCGGAGCUUGGGGCUUGACAGACUCCACCACGAUCCGACGCUGGAAAAGAUCACAAACUCUUCUCCCGAAGAUCAACGACAUAAACUGCUCAAGAGGGAAAUGGGCCGAAGAUUGUGGUCUCAGCUGUGCGUGCAAGAUUGGAUGUCUCUACCCUUUUUCGACAGUCACACCAUCAACCCGCUUCAUUUCACAACGACCAAGCCUUCAAGUCGGGAUCAUUUGACAAUGGAUCCAAUCCCGGCAACACUUCCGACGUACAUCAGCUACGGCAACUAUUUGUUUGAAAUUGCGCAAUUGAUGGCCGGCCACCACGCAGCAAUGCUCAACUCCACGACCCAAUUCACCAAAUAUGAACAUGUCCUCGGCUACGACGCCCGAAUGCGAUCUUUGGCCACCCAAGGGAUGCCCCGAUACUUUCACGUCGUCGAGCCCAUCGAUCCUUCAUGGCCCGAGUGGAUUCCCUGGGCGAGAAGAAGUCUCACGAUAUGCUUCGCGCACAAAAUUAUCAUGAUCCACCGGGCCUUCAUUCGACAGAGCUUCACGAACCCGGCAUACUCAAUCACCCGCAUGACCAGCAUGGCGGCCGCGAAGACGAUCCUCAACGAAGCGAAAGGGGCCCACGAUAUCGACGGACCCAUCAUCUGGGUCGACAAAGCCUUCUGCGUCGUCGCCGGCAUCAUUCUCUGCCUCGACUUGUUCCAUCGUCCGGACUCGGACUCGGAAUUCCCAACCCACAAGACCCUCGUGACGGAAUGCAUUGAACUGCUGAGGAAAUUCGACACUAGUAUCGUCGCCGUGCGAGGAGCCCGUCUCUUAAACGCCCUCAUUAUGGAGAGGGAGCGAGUUGCUUCGAGUCUCAUUUGGCCGCCGCGAAGCAUCAAGACUUCGGGCAUUUUCAAGUCUCUUGCUACAGACGGUAAUGAGUCUCAGUCAACCGACUCAGAACAUGAAUUAGAUUCGAUGUCGCUAGCGGAGCUGUUUCCGCCCCAGGCAGGGUUCUGUAAUCGCUUUCUGUUCGAAGAAUUGUUGAACUUUGAUAAUACGUCGCAUGGGUGA